UGGCAGCAUGGGAUGCCUCUGAGAAAGUGAAAGAGCUAGCAGCCAUCAAACAAGAAGCGGAGAAGCAACUCGCGGAAAUGCAGAAUAAAACUCCGAACGAACAAGAGUUUCUCGCGGAGAAUCCUGCGCCGGUAUGGGCUACAUUUCUUCAAAUCCCUGAAGAAAGGAUCAUCCGUGAACAAAUUGGAAAUGUAAAGUGUGACUCUGGAAAGCACAGCACGCAGACCCGUGCCUGGGUGGUUCAGAACGAUCGGACCUACAUAGCGUGGUGCCGCGGCCGGCCUGAUCAGAAAGAUUGGAUGAAGAAACUGCUGGCCUACGACGACCUGGCAUCUGGCCGCAAACACUUGACCGCAGUGGUUCUGCUCGAGAAGCGGCAGGAGGCAUUCAGCGAAGCGCAGAAGAUAUGGAAGGCAGAGCGUGCAGAAAUGGCAGAAGCGCUGCGGGCCGAGGCGAAAACAGCUGUUCAAACUGCAGAUGAGAAUUUGAAAACCCAAAAGUGCGCCGAGGCUGAGGCCAAGCGCGCGUUGGAUGCGGCCCAGGAGGCGCUGGAGGCGAGUGUGAUUUCCCAAGAUUUGAAGCGGAAGCGAGAAGACCUGCUAGCGCAGGCUGGUUUAAACGAUUCGCAACUCGAUGCGAUUAGAACGGCGCUGCGGGGACCAGGUGUAACGACUGUGCAAGGUCCCCCGGGGACGGGGAAAACGCGGACAAUCGCGACGCUGGCACAAGUAUGCACCGUACGAAUAUGCUUUGGUCUGGAGAAACGGAGGCUUGAAACUUAGAUCGUUGCUUUUUUUUUUGCCGCAUGCUCGGUGUUUCUUCUUCUUCAGGAAUCUGUGAUGCAUGAUUUUUGAUCACUGAAAGCAAAGCGCGACCCUGGUGUCGUGUGCAAUUCAGACUUCGCUCGAGCGCUGUGCUGUAGAUUGCGUUCCACCACCAGUACUUCAUUUGUGGCUGAGUCUACCAGCAGUGCUGGCACAAAUGAAUUCAACGAUACGACAAGCCUGCGUCUCUACAACUCCAAACCAGACGUUUUUGCAUUGGAUAUCAAGUCCUGCUGGAAGCGGAACCAACCGCUGAGCCGACGCCACCAUCCUCUUCACCGACCCAGGCCUCCGGACCUGGGCUGGUUUCGCCACGCCAAAAGCUCGAUGCGGACGCUGACCGGCCCCCGGGAAUCGGCCGCCUGGCGUCACAGAAAAGUUUCGCGCCGAGACGCGUAGUUUUUACUGCUUCCUCCAAUAAAGCGGUUUUCAAUAUGCUGGAAAAAAUCGCGGAAGAGCAGUCCCGCCUCCCGGACGAUCUUCGCUGCCCCGGGACUAUCGUGCUUGUGGGAGUGGAGGAUAAGGUGCCGGAUCACUUGCGUCCCUACUUCGUGCACACCCGGUUCGGCGACGUUUUCGAGAACACCGCUGGUGUGGAGGUGGAGGCGGUGCAGCGCCUCGUGCGGGACGCGCCGGACUUCUGCAGCAAGUGGGGUCUCACGGAUGACGCCACCAAGUUGCAGACGCUGCGAAAGGACUUCGAAGUUGCGCGUGAGAAGCGCAAAGCGGAGCGGGAAAGGAGGCAGCAACUACAGGAAACAGACAAAGGCAACGCGGCUGGAAAUUCGACCUUGAAAGCGCUCACACUACGGGAGUUUUUGCAGGGAACAAAAAAAGCACAACCAGAUGAUUCCACGCGGCUGCCGGAAAAGCUUGACCUGGAAGACGAGUUGCUUGGUGGCGCUAAUUACAUCUUUUCGACGCUCGCCUGCCUUGGGCGACCGAAGAUUGCGGAAGCCAUAGACGAGAAGAGCGCAUGUUUGAUCUCGCGAAUGGUCAAGAAGGCGAACGCGUUUGCGUUGUCUGGUACCGAGAAGCGCGACGCAGAGGCCGCGAAAGACCUAGCGAUUGUUGUGGACGAGGCGGCGCAGGCUACCGAGGCUGACACGUUCCUGGCGUUGUCGCUGAAGCCCAGCAGGCUUAUCCUGGUCGGGGACCCGCAGCAGCUAUCGGCGACGGUUAUUCACUCUCGCGCUUUGGAGCAGCGGGGCUACGCGCGCAGCCUACAGGAGCGGAUGCAGGCGCUAGCAGAGCAAGGACCUUGCUUCGGCAGCCGACGCCCGGAAGUCUGCUUUUUAGAGACCCAGUACCGAAUGCACCCGGAGAUCUCCGCGUUUCCGAACCUGCAAUACUAUGGUGGCCGCUUACAGGAUGGGACGCAGCCGGACCAGGAAGCGCCGGGGCUGAUGCGUGAGUUUUUCUCCGCUCGCCGGCGUCACGGGCUCUCCUCUGCAGCAAACGAACUGCUGGACAAGUGCGCCGGGCAAGGACAGCGCUACAUCGUGGUCAACCACAGCGGCAAUGAAGAGCACUACGGGGCGAGCUUCAGCGCGCAAAACCCCCGGGAGGCCGAGUUGGUAGCCCGAACCUGUUUCGCAAUAACUCCGGCUGCGUCAGCGGAAAGCUGUGUAGCUCUUACGUUCUACCAGGCGCAGCGACGUUUGUUAGAAAACAAGUUGCAGCGGCUCGCCUCAGACGGUCGGUUUAGUAACAGAAGCGCAAAAGAUAAAGACACCAGCCACAGCUCUGUUGUGCACACCGUUGACAGCUUUCAGGGAAGCGAGUCGGAUGUCGUGCUGUUGAGUUUUGUGCGUAGCACCAGCAAAAGGACGUUUCUGGCGGAGCCCACGCGGUUGAAUGUCGCACUAACGCGGGCGCGGGGUUUCGCCAUAAUUUUCGCCAACGUCGAAAAGCUCCUCGGGGAAAGACCAGGACAAAUCGACAGCGGGAGAAGUCUCCUCGAGACACCAGGGGACGCUGACACCGCUAGUGCUGACCAGGAGAACCAGGUCCGUGCGGUGUUAGAGGAUGCGAAGCGGCGUGGUUUGGUGGUGAGCGAAGCCGUUUGGGAGGAAGUUCUGAAUGACAGACAGAACUAUAAUCGCUUUGACAGACACCAACACGCCGGAAGCCGCGACUUGUAUUCGUCCUCCGGUGCACGAAGUUACAACAACAUUUCGAACCAUUCGCAGUAUGCUGGAACAAGAGGACCAUAUCAACAAGACAAUCUCACUCGGAGCACUUACAACUCUUCGAACAGCAUCAGCAACAAUACGGUUUCCAAAGCUCCGCAGCCAGCACACCACUACAACCAGCACCAGGUACUCCAAUCCAAGGCAAGCGGCCGUAUAAUCGGCAAUGGUCACCAGCAGCCAGCACCUUCUGCUCAAUACCAGCAAGGAGCACCCACCCAGUACGGCUACGGUUUUGGCAACGUGGUCAAUGCUGCUCCGCACGUGGGGUCGUCAUCAAGUGCUUCUUCCAGCAGCGGUUGGCAGCCGGCGCGUGCUGGUCCUCCAACUUCAUACACUGGCCCGCCGGCGGCAGUUGCGGGCGGAAUGAAUGCAGCUUCGUCCUCUUCUUCGUCCUCGCAACACGGGUUGUUCCAAAGCAGCUAUCAGCAUUCAUUCAACCAACAGGUACAGGGCUACAACGCUGGUCGCACCUUCGGGCAACCACAAGUGCUGCAACAGGUCCACCAGCCGCAACAAAACAGCUCCUGCUUCGACAACCGACGCAGUCAGAGCUCCACUUUGUUUUCAUCACACCAGAUGAUUAGCGACACUCACAGAAAUAACGGGAGCCGCUACACGGAUCUUCGUGAUAGGACAGGGUAUAAUUCCUCAAGAGCGCCACCUGCAGGAAGUCAUGACUUCCGGGACGGGCAGCGGAACAGGUCGCGCUCGCGCGGACGGGAUCGUCAAGGUGAGCGCGGGUGGGAAGCCGAUCGAUACAGAAAUCAGAGGAAUUUUGACCACCACAGAGACGACCGCUGGCGAGGACGUUGAGGCCUCUGCUCGUCAUAUUCAUGGAGUUGCGAGAGUGAGUUGAUCGUGGAAUUCGAGUGCUGCAAAAUAUAACGAGUCUCUAGUUUCUCGUUCAUUUUCGCAGGUCCUCGAACUUUCACGGUCGUGAUCCAACAUUGAUUUAACAAAUAACGCGACAGGAGAUUGAUAAACAUCAUGAGCACGGAUCCAGCUAGAGCCGUCAUCAAUCAUGCUGGUCUCCAGAAGAGAUGGGAAAUAAAGUGAAGCGACUGCGAGAAGGCGCUACUUCUUCUGCUGCAU